AACCAACAAAUGAAAUUAUUAGAUUCUUCUGUACGAACUGCCAAGGCAAACACGCCCUGAAUUUUUACCGGAAAAAGGACUCGAAUAAACGGAGAGAAGGAGAAGGCAGAGCCGACUAUUUCCAGUUUACAUUAUGAUCUUCGUGGCUGGAGCUCCUUUAUGUUCAGGCGAUUCUUCUUCAGCUUCUCAGGGACAUGACAUUCUGAUGGAUUUGUUGAAGCAUCCUGUCCUGGUAUCUGCCUCCUCUUCAUUUAAUGAUGUUGCAGAAAGGAAGUUCUCUGUUUCUAAAGACUCUAGUUCGAGCAUAUCAAGACAUAAUAGAUGGGUUUACAUUUUCCAGAGAGAAUAUGCAACUGUGGAUCCUGCACUUGUCGAUGUGGUUGGCACCGAUGAGGCAACAACUUGCGUAGGCCUUGUCAUAAGGAACCAAAAAAGUGGAAUGACAUCUGUUGCUCACUUGGAUUCACCAGAUGUUGUUGAUAUUGGCCUGGACCAGAUGUUGGCUUUUGUUAUCAAUCAAAACUGUGAUGCCAUGUUGGAUGUUCAUCUAAUUGGUGGUUUUGAUGAUGCCUCGCCUGAACAUGUUAAUGGUAUUACAGAAAGUCACGGAAAGUUGGAGGGCUAUUCCUUUCCUUUGUGUGAGAAAAUAGUUAACAGCCUGGCAAAGAGUAAUAUGAAGUUCCAGAUUCACACUCUCCAUGUUCUUGGGCACAAUACAAGACGAGAUUCUGAAGGAAAUGCGUACCCCAUCUUCACUGGUUUCCUGGUGGAAACUGCCACUGGGUCUAUUAUCCCGGCAAACUUUGACGCAACAACUAGAUGUCCCGACGAAGUUGUUAGGAGAAUACGAGUGACUGCAUCUUUUGGGGACCCAAGUUGGAAUGGAAGAUUACUUGAGACAUAUGAUACUCGGAUUGAUCAAUUCGUGAUUGCUCCAUGCACUUGGAGCAUGCGCAAGAUGCAUAUUGCCCUCAUGCUACAAAAUUUAUCAGACCAGGAAAUCCUUCUUACGUGUUCCACCUCUCCUUCUGCUGAGGCUCCAGAUUUCGUUGAUAACCAAAGAAGGCAGUGUGACUAUUUAAUCCAACAUCCAGAUUGGAGGGAAACAUUCCCUUUCAAAAAGCCACGUAUAUUUCAAAGGACAGAAGCUAAGAGUUGGGUGAGGCACCAAGCAAAAUUUAGCAGCUCAUCUUAUGCAUACGCUGAUUAAGGCUGUUUCGUUCAAGGCGCCAGCUAGGGGAAAGGGGAAGUUGGCGCGUGUUUUUUGGUAAGUACUAAUGUUUCUCGUAAGGCUGUUUGGUGCAACUGAAAGGGGGGUAAAGGUUAAAGCAGUUUUCUGAAGAGCUUUGCUUCUGUGGAAAAGUGCAGGAGUCACAGCUAAGACUUAGCCUAUAAAAGCUCUAUUGAUAAUUAAAAGUUUGAAAUGAUGAGGCUAUAUCUUAAUUAGAUUUUCCUAGUACAUUGCUUGACAGGAUAAAGUUAACUGUGACUUCUGUUCACAUGUUCCAUUGAUGAGCCAAAACUUGAAAUGAUUGGCAAUUUUCUUGUUAGGUUGUCUUAUUAUUUGUUUAAUACAAUAAUUGGUUUUCAGAUAGUAUCCAGCGACCUGGCAAUUCUGGAACUAAUAGGAAGGGAGGACCACCAUUGUAAAGCGAAAAAUUUAGCUUACAUAUGAAAAACAAAGAAGAUCAAAUUUAUUACUCCCUCCCAUUUUAUUUUGCAAGGUUCCAAGUAAAAGUACUUAAUUUUUUAUGCGGAUUAGCAUAAAAUCUUCACAAAUAAAAUUUGCAUAAAAGUACUAUUAAGGCACAAUAGUUCAUAAUUCAAACAUAUAUUUGAAAACUGGAGUAAAAAAGAAACUACCUUG